AAAGAGAAUCGUAAUCAAUUUGGUAAAUACUGAUGACGUGCAUGCCGGUGUGCCUGUCGAUCGCAAAACAAGUUUUCCUCCUUAAGUUUCAAUUGCUGUAACAAAUAUUAUUUAAAUAGUGUAAGUAGGAAAUCACCAAGAUGCUGCAAGGAGUCUUCGACGAUGUCAAGCGGAUGAAUAAACGCCAGUUCCUCUACCAAAUACUGAGCUUUGGUAUGAUCGUUUCAUCAGCCUUGAUGAUAUGGAAGGGACUAAUGGUCGUCACAGGAAGCGAGAGCCCCAUUGUCGUCGUCCUUAGUGGAAGUAUGGAGCCAGCGUUUCACCGUGGUGACUUGCUGUUCCUCACAAAUUACCAGGAUGAACCUGUUCGUGUUGGAGAGAUUGUUGUCUUCAAGGUCGAAGGUCGGGACAUUCCAAUAGUACAUCGAGUACUUAAGCUUCACGAGAAGUCGGAUGCAAAUAGCACUGUCAAAUUCCUAACAAAAGGUGACAACAACUCUGUCGAUGAUCGAGGGUUGUAUGCCCCCGGUCAACUCUGGUUAACUCACAAGGACGUCGUUGGCAGAGCCAGGGGAUUUUUACCCUACGUUGGAAUGGUCACAAUAUUGAUGAAUGAGUACCCCAAACUCAAGUACGCAGUGUUAGCCUGUCUUGGGUUAUAUGUAUUACUUCAUAGAGAGUGAGAAUAGAGUCAAUUGAAAUUAGACUUUUCACAAUAAUUUAUCAUUUCUUUCUAUCAUUAAGUGCAUUUUCUGUUGAAGAAUAAAAUUAAGAUUUUUUAAAAUUA